GCAGCAGCAGCAGGUCUGUGCGCGCUGCCUGUGCCAGGAAUAGUCCUUUAACCAGGGCUUAAAGUCACAGACUUGCCCUUUAUUGGAUUUUCUACUCAGAAUUGUCUUGUUUUUUUGCCUCUCAGACAUGACACGACCUCACAGACAUUUUUAUACGUGAUCAUUUGGGUUUUUAAUGAUAUAUAUUAUCAUUUGGGCUCACUUUUACGCACCAAACAAACUGGGCUUAGCUGGAGAUCUCUGGGGUAGUUGUUUUUUUGGACUGAAACGUGAUCAGUAUGUUCUCACUCCUGCUCGGACUGGUGUGUUAUGUUGCGCUGGGCUCUGGUCAACCUGCGAGCGGCCAGACGGACGAUGGCAAGCGCUACAUUUGCCGCGCGGUGCCGCUCAGUGGAGACGCCAGUUGUCCCGUCACCUUGUUACCGGAGCUGAGCGCCGGGGGCCAAGAAGAGGAGCUGAGGAACACCGUCAUGCAGCUGCGGGAGACCAUUCUACAGCAGAAGGAGACCAUUUCCAAACAGGUCGGCACCAUCAACGAGCUGACCACCAAGCUGUCCCUGUGCGCCGCAGCCACCGACGGCAGGAGGUACGACAAGGGGGGGACCUGGCUGGGGAAGGAGAAGCAGAACACGAUGGGUGAUGUUCCCAGAGACCCCAACGACACUGUGGAGAGUCUGGGGAAAACCAUGCAGGGGCUCAAAGACCGGCUGGAGAACCUGGAGCAACAGCAGAUGCGCGCCAACGUCUCCGGCGCCUCGUUCCCCAGCGAGCUGCGGGACCUGCUGCAGCGUCGCCUCGGGGAGCUGGAGAAGCAGCUCCUGAAGAAAGUCAGCAGCCUGGAGGAGGAGAAGAGCAUGCUGACCAACGCCACGGUCGCCUACAGGAUGAAGACGGAGAGCGCGCUCAACGCGCUGGUGGAGAGGAUCAGUGAACUGGAGAAAGGAGGAGGAGACUUUAAAUCCCCGGAGCAGUUCAAGCUCUCGCUCCCCCAGCGGACCAACUACCUGUACGGCCGCAUCACCAAGACUCUGCCCGAGAUGUACGCGUUCACACUCUGCAUGUGGAUCAAGUCCAGUGCCAGUCCCGGGAUAGGGACGCCCUUCUCAUACGGGGUGCCGGGCCAAGCCAAUGAAAUCGUGCUCAUCGAAUGGGGCAACAACCCAAUAGAGCUUCUCAUUAACGACAAAGUCGCCCAACUGCCCUUAGAGGUGCGCGACGGGAGGUGGCACCACAUCUGCGUCUCCUGGACGACACGAGACGGCCAGUGGGAGGCUUAUCAAAACGGGGAGAAGUUGGGGAGUGGGGACAACCUGGCGGCCUGGCACCCCAUCAAAUCUGGAGGGGUCAUCAUCCUGGGGCAGGAGCAGGACGUGGUGGGCGGGCGCUUCGACGCCGGACAGGCCUUCGUGGGCGAGCUGAGUCAGGUGAACAUAUGGGACCGCGUUCUGAAGCCGGCCGAGAUCCAGUCAAUGGCCAACUGCAGCUCGUACCUGCCUGGAAACGUGGUCUCCUGGCUGGCGAGCAACGUGGAAGUAUUUGGGAGGGGAGCGUUCAAGCGGCCUCUGGAGGUGUGUCAGGAGCGGCUGCCCAACGCUUAAUAACUGCCCGUCUGCUGUUUCCGCUCAUUUCCAUCCACUCAGCAUUGUUCCACUCACUGUGAGGAUGUGUGUGUGUGUGUGUGUGUGUGUGUGUGUAACUGUGUCGUGUUUUCCGCUCUGCACAUUCUGUAUAUUUGGGAGAAACGAGCCUGAUGGGAUUUCUUAAAGGGCCAGUGAGUAAGACUUGGCGAGGAUAAGUGACUCCCUUUCGUAAGCACGUCAGGGAACUACGGUGGCCUUCACGUACUUAACUCUCACAGGUCCAUUCAAGUCUUGAGCAGACAUCUUGAGUCUCACCUUCAGUACUAAGACUCAUUCUGAGAGUGGAUUCACAUGUUUGUGUUGCUUUAAUGCUCCAUCGUGGACAGGCCUGGCACUUGGUGCUAGACGUGGCUAUCGAAGGUUAGCAGAGCAGUGUCUGUCGACUGUGUAGCAAGAGUUGCUAACGUUGCUAAAGUCCCAGUGAUGUGAAUCUGUAUGCCAUUGUUGACAGUUCCCUCUUUUUUAUUCUUUUGUUUAUUUGGGCGAUUGUGAACGUAGUGUCGUUAGCUCACACUUCGACUUGUCCAUUCAGGCUAAGUGAAUCUCUCUGACACCAGCUGCUAACCUUGACAGUGGCUUUGCCGGAUGCUUAGUGCUAGUGAAGGUUAUCACGGUUAACUGGGUAGCAAGAGUUGCUAAUGUUGCUAAAGUCAUGGUGAUAUGACGUCCUCCAUGUUGACGUAGAAGAAAACAAACCUACAGUGGGGAGAUGAAUUAAAUGCAUGAGCGUACAUUUCCUUUGCUAGCACCUGUUGCUAUAUUUGCAUGAGUCGUCGUAAUUCGGUAAAACUGAACAUUUCUCAAAGUGCAUGAGAAGCAUUUCAGUUGACGGCUCCUUUAAGUAAGAUGUGAGUCAGCUGUUAAGGCUACAAAAGCUACUUCUAAGCAUUUAUACCCACGGUUCUCAAACCGUGGUAAUUGAAUGAAAAUCAGAAAUACUUACUUUACUGUGUAAAUAGGCCUUUGCUUGGACUACUUACACCACUUUUAACUUUGGUGAUAAUAAUGUUACUUCAAGAGCUUAGUGGUACUUGGUAUGAAAAGAUUGAGAACCACCGAUUUAAAUCCUAAAUGUUACACACUGGACCUUUAAAAUCAAAUGUUUGCAAGUGUGGAUUAUGAAAAUCUGUGGCAACACCAUAGUGCAAAUUGAGAGUUACAUGCAGUUCUUUUUCUUUCCCCCGCCUUGAUUAAGCUAAUUAAAAACCUUCAGUGACUUUGGUUCACCUUCACCAAAGUGAGAAGAGUUCCCCUCAGGUAUUACCGCUAAGAUACCGCCAACCAGGUACGCACGCAGGUACUGCAGCUACACGGCACCAGAGACGCAGACGAGUGUGGAUCAGUUCUGCGUGGGCCGGUGCGUGCUGUGUGGGAGGAAAAGAUUAACGCUCUUGCCAAUGUUAUGUCUCCUUCCUUAACAAGGAAAAUGGGAUUAGAGCCAAAAUGAAUGAAGCCUUUCAUCCUGACAGGUUUUUAUUUUCUGGAGAAAAUACAGUUUUUAUCUGUCAUGUGGUUCCUGGGCUGGUUCUGGUUCUGGUUCUGGAGAUGGAGCAUGUGUUUGCACAAAGCUGAAAAGUGGACAAACUUACAUCUGCAUGUUUCACAGUGAUACUAGUGAGUCUGCCUUUUGUGUUUCCUCAGCAUGUGUUAAAAAUGGAAAAUAUCCUGUUACAAAGUUAUUUACAGUGUUAUAAUUGUGGUGUGAUUCAUCGAGCUGUGACCAAGCAUUGCACAAAAAAGUGUAACUCACUGGAUCAAACAUUACAGAACAGUAUCACCAUGUUCAUAUACUGUCACUAUACACUUCACUGUAGAUUAUACAGGAUAGAUUAUACAUCUAUUUGAGGGAAAAUAGAGAGUUUAUAUUUAGAACAUCAUUUAACAGUGUAGUUUCUAUAAAAUCGACUUCACUUUGUCUCCUGUAGAUUACAUUAUAACAAGUAACAAGUCAUUUUUAUUCAGAAUAUUAGUUAAUAUUGUCUCCAUAAUUCAGUGUAGUGUCUAUAAAAUCACAUUAGACUUAAUGUAUCUCCUGUAGAUUAUGCUACAACAUGUAUUUAGGGGGUAAAAAAAGGAGAUAAGGAAUUAGCAUUUCAUUAAAACCAUUAAUAACUUGUUAUUUCCAUAGUAAUUAGAAUUACUACAGGUUACUAUCAGUGUUAUUCAUCCUCCUUCAUGUUAUUAAUAAGCUAUUACAUGAUUGAUACAGAAAUAAGAUGGUAUUGCUAUAAUAUCAUUUCUCUAUUACAAUAUUAUGGCGAUGUUGUUACUGUUCUGUAAUGUAAAGUGCUUCAUUCAUGUAAAGUGAGAUGUACAUGAAUCAUUUGUAUGUGCCGUGUAAUUAUUCUGUCCAGACAGAUCUUUACUUUCAUGAUGUUUCCACUUUGUCUCGUGGCCUUUGGAUAAAAAACUCAAGUGCCACUGAAUGUUUCUCAAUGUUGCAAAUGUCCUUUGAUGAGGACAAUGAUGAGGAAAAUAAAGUCAAAUAAAAACACUGCUGCAAAAGUGAUCCGUCUGACCUUCCUUUAAUCUGCAGGAAGAGUGAAAAGACCCAGGUUAAUCUGAGCUCGUUCUGUGGCAGACUUUGUUUAAGCGUGUGGAAGAUCAGGAUCUGUCAGUGUCUGUGUGAGUGUCAGUGUCAGUGUCAGUGCGGUGACUGACAGCCACACACAACAACCACAACAAGCAGCAGCAGCAG